GCGCGCCCCCAUUCAGUUGAACAGAGGGUGCGAUACAUAAUUCAGUCCCAGCAAGGGGACACCUCACAGUCUCUACCCUCCUGUCAAGCUGCAGAUCUGCAGCCCCUCCACACACGCACACACACGCACAAACACACGCACAAACACACGCAGCCCCGUGGACCGAGGCGCGGAUGCGGCUGUUCCCCGCUCCGGAGGAUCAACCUUGGAAGAAGGACAGACGCCGCCGUUUGUUGCAGGUAAACGCAGGACUUCCAGCGGCUGAAGAAGGACGGGGCAGUCCUCGGUGAUCUACAGGAGACGUAAACACUGCCAUGCCCUGCUUCAUGCACCACUUCCCCCGAUCCGCUCCUCCCUCCUCUUCCUCCUCCUCCUCCUCCUCAUCCUCCUCCUCUGGUCCAGGACGGAGGUCUGUGUUUUGAAGGAUAACAGCAGAGGGGAGUGUGGACAGAUCGUCGCGCUGCUGUCGAAGGUAAAUAUUUUUGCUGAAGUUGUGUUGGGAUAGGAAGCUGCGGCGGGCCACGGUCUCCACUGUAGGCAUCCUGCAUCCUGACUCUGCUGUUCUGCGGCCAUGCUGCAGGCAGCAUCCUCAGACCUGUUCCCGACUUGAGCUUCACUCUCCAGGAUUUACAAGUUCCCUAAAGCAGAAAAACUACCACAGCUACUUGUUAUUGUUUUGGAGCUUUGUUUUUCUACUCUUUUCAAACCUCCGCUCUUCUGUGUAACUGAGUGACAUGAACAUUUUUUUAUAAGCAGUUUUGAAUCUGCUUUGCUUCACGUCUCAGCCCCAGACUGCAGAUUUCAUGAAGAUGUGAUCAGCUGCAGACAUUUUAAUGCACAAAGUGUCUCAAACAUUAACCAAACCUGCCUCUGCUCGCCUGCUCGCUGGGACCAGUCUAGCUAUCGCCACAGUUCACAUUAACGCAGCACCAUGGGGGCCAAGCAGACCAAAGGCCAGGAGCCCGGAGGAGCCAGCCCUCAGCACAGCUGGAAGAGGACGCCCACCAAGGAGCGGGGAGACAUCUUGGCGUCCCUCAUGCUUAAGUCAGGGGACCGGCUGAGCCGUGGAGGGACGCCGCCGCCGCCUUACCAGCGCCGCAUCGGCAUGAUCCAGGAGAUGAUGCUGAUGGCCAAGCAGGGCAAACAGGACGAGGCCACAGAGAUGCUGAAGACACUCCGACAGGACCUGGGCAUGGAAUCAACGUCCCUGGAUGACGUGUUGUACCGCUACGCCAGCUUCAGGAACCUGGUUGACCCCAUCACACAUGACCUAAUUAUCAGCCUGGCUCGAUACGUCCACUGCCCGAAGACGGAGGGCGACUCUCUCGGGGCGAUGGAGAAGGUUUGUCGUCAGCUGACCUACCACCUCAGCCCCCACUCCCGCUGGAGGAGACAGGGCCUGCUGAAGAGGAAGCCCCAGGCCUGCCUGAAGGCGGUGCUGUCGACCCCUCCAUCGAGCGGGGCGUUGGACCUGUCCGGUAUCCCUCUGGCGGCUCGGGACAUGGAGCGCCUGUGCGCACACCUGCAGCGCCACGCGUCCAUGUUGAUGAGCUUGGAGCUGGGCUUCACCGAGCUGACAGAUGAGGCGUUCCUCCUGCUCCUGCCCACGCUGGCCGCCCUGCCGCACCUGGAGACGCUGGCGCUGAACGGAAACAGGCUGACCAGAGCUGUCCUGAAGGAGCUGACUGAUGCUCUGAAGGAUCCCGGCAGUUUCCCCAGCGUGACGUGGAUUGACCUGGGCAACAACGUGGACAUCUUCUCCCUGCCGCAGCCCUUCCUGGUCAGCCUGAGGAAGCGCUGCCCCAAGCAGGGCAACCUGCCCACCAUCCUGGAGUUCGGAGAGAGUCAGGCCAGCGACCCCCCGGAGAGGCUGAGGGGGCUCGGGGAAGAGGAGGAGGAGACGGACGACACGAACCGGACUGAGAGCAUGGACGAGCUCCGGUCCGAGGUGGAGGAGGAGCUGGACGGGGAGAUGGAGAUAGAGGAGAUGAUGGAGGAGCUGCUGGACUUCGACAGGGAGGUGCAGGGAAAGGAGGACGAGGAGGAGAGCAUGUGGACGGUGGAGGAGCAGAGGAAAGUGGGGAGGGGACGAGGGAGGAGGGAGGGGGAGAAGGAGGCGAAGAGGAGAGAGCAGCUUCCGGGGGGGAGGAAGGCAGUGAUGGCGGAGGACGACGACGACACGCAGAGCCACUCCUCCCGCCUGUCCUACUCCAGCCAGUCGCAGCACUCCUCCGGAGCCGUCGAGCCAAUGAGAGUGGAGGAGGAUGAGCUGACCGACCAAUCGGACCACUUGACCUGAUUGCCGCUCCCUGCUCCACUCUGCUUCUGUUUCCCCUCCUGUAUCGAGUCUUGUGUGGAAGGACGCGGGAGAAGACUCCUGCGGAGGCGAACUGAGCGCGCUCAAAGUCAAACAGGUUGCAGUGACGGAGGGAUGUAAUCCAUAUGAACACGCCACUCGAUGCUCCCUCCGCUGAUCUGAUUUGGGACCAGCCGUGUUCAGACACUGGCAGAGCUGAGACCAGGUGACUCCUGGUGACUGUAACAUGAGAAGACAAUCCCCAACAGGACGUCUGUUUUAUCCCAACUGUCUGUUGUUUCAAGUACAAAUAGACUGAGGACGCUAACAUGUAGAAUAGACUGAUUAAUUAUAUCACAUGAAGCUUUUAUGUACAGAAUGUUAAUCUUUAUUCAGGUCCUUCCUCCUGGUAACCCCGGUAAUACCCACAUGUGCCUGUAAAACGUCCCAUUACUGGUUAAAAGAGUAGAGAGAUGAAGAAAAACAGACCAGAAAAUAUAGAAACAGUGACUCAUGCGAAGUCGUCGGGGCCUUUUAAACUUUUUGAAAAAAUGUUUUUGCCAAAAACUAGUGGAAAUGUAUAAAAUAUCUCCCUCCCACGUACAUCAGCGGCUCGCCAGAUGGAUGAGAAGACAGACAGGAAUCAAAAGUCAAACCAACAGAUUUGAAACGAACAGAUGCACCGCGAAGUGCACACUGAAGACGAAAUUAGUCAGCCGAAACCAAAAGAAAGUAAACAACUUUUUAAAAGAAGAAAUCCACGCAGUAAAGGCCUCGAUGAUUGUGCGAAACCUAGAGUGCGACCGGAACAAAGUGCCCUGUGUUGGAAGGAAAAGGACUCGGUGGUCUGAGUCGCCAUGUGUCCCAAAGUCCUGGGGGGGUCAAGUUGAAAUAUUUAGUAGCCUUCUUCUCAUAAUAAUCCAGGUCGUGUGUCACUCCCACAGUACUGAACAGUGCUGUGUUUAUAUAUAAGCUGCAGAUAUCCUUAUACACUAUGUAGCUCUCACCCAGCUAGUGCUUUCCCGCCAUGUGUCACUUAUAGUCCAUGCAAAGCUUUAAGGAACAAACUGUAUUUUUGGAUGUACAGCAUAUAAAUAUAUAUAAAUAUAUAUUGUUUUUAUCUGUCCUGGGGCGGUUGUUUAGAUUAUCCACUUAAAGAGGAACACCACUCAAUUCAAGGAAUUGUAUUUGUUCUUUAUGUGGUCUGGGAGAGUCCGAGCAAUAUGUGUGUGUGCAUGAGUAACGCUGCAAACCUGGGGAAGAGCUGAACCACACUCUUUAUUUGUUGCAAUAUUAAAGGCACUGACUGGAAAGGGUUUAUUGAUACGGAAACGAGGCAGAGAAUAUUAACUCCUACAGAAGAGAACUUCAUCCUAAAGCAGUUAAAAAUUAAUAAAAGCAUAUAUAUACUUUUCCCCAGACAGCUGUCCCAUGCACUAAUACAUUCACCCUAGGAGCCGUUAACGUGUGUGGCAUUAAAAAUGAAGGCUUUUUGUGAUGUACAGUGGCCUUGUAGUUACAUCACAACUAUCCCAGCAACAUGAGCUGACUCCAUAAUGGACGUCCCUUGGAUCUCUGGCUGUAUGGAAUAAUGGCAUGCUGUACUAGCAGACACUCUGGGGAUGUAUUAUUCAACGCCAAAAACAAGGAAUUCACAGCACGUCUUUGACACUAGUUUUUAAUGAGCAUCAUCAGAAAGCAGAGCUGUUGUUUUGUUUUGUAUUGUAUGUACAGUGUGUGUAUAUUUUAAAGGGGCACUCCACCAACUUCUCAGCCUGUAAAACACUUGUGUAAUGUCUCCUGCGGCUCUGGAGGAGUUUUCCUACGUCUGAGAAAAUAACCAUGGUGAUGUCAUCAGGGUUAUCUCGGAGCGUAGUCUAGGCUUCACGUUGUUCACACAAAGCCUGGACUACAAACUGGGUGGUAGAGUAUGAAACUGACCACGUCGGAAAGCAAAAGUGUUUAAAGCUGCGAGUCAAGUAUGCUCACAGAUCUGGUUGCGUACCAUCUGGGCGAUUAAAAAGUGUCCACUAGGGGGCAGAUAAGGACAAAAAUGGAAUAUCUUCCUUGCGAACUUGCUCUGUUGCACAACAUAAACGGAAACUCUGGCAACUCUCGAGGAGGUUAUCAUAUUGUUGAUGUUGAGAUCGUGCCAGAGAAGACAACAGCUGCGAGAUCGUAGCUUGUACGUCAUUGUGAUGGUCCAAAUUGCUGCUGACCUUACUUUCUGAUACUCCCCCCAGUGGUCAUGUGUUGAAUUGCAUUUCGCUGAUGGGUAGCAUUCAUUUCUGAGGAUGAAUAAAACCAACACUCCCAAGAAAAGCAGGACAUCGUAUUGUUGGGUUUGCUCCACCCCAGUUCCAGUGUCAGAAAGGUGUGGGGGGGGGGGGGGGGGGGGUUCCCGAAACUAUUCAACCGUCCGACAAGCAGCUCUGACAGAAUAUACUGACGCCUUAAAAGUCAGGACAUCUAUCUCUCUAUACCAAAUAAUGCUAAAUCAGUGGAGUACCCCUUUAACAUAUUGUAGUUGUUGCUUAUUUAUGCAAAAUUAUAACACAGCCAUGUGUGACCUGUCUGUCCAUCAGCAGCUUACCUCUAAGAAGAUUUGCAGACUUUGUGGAAAGAAGGUGAACGUGAUGAGAAUCCAACAUGAAGAACUAGAAUAUCUUGACGAUUGUUUUACAGUAGCUGAAUCCAGAUCGAUAACCAGUCACACACACUCAACUGUUCUCUGUCGUAGGACGAAGAUUUUAUCAAACCCACAUUCUGAUGAGCAAGAGAUAAUGUUAAUAAGUGAUAAUAGAGCCUGUGUAAAUUCACUGUGUGAGUCAAGUACCAAUAAAAUACUUCCUGGUUCCGGGAAAGAACGAGGCUUUUGGGAACAGUGGGGAAUUUUAGAGUAAAAGAGGAAAUAAACUAGAGACCAUCUCGUCGCAAUGCCCAUCAACACUGAACACAGCUCUUCAUUUAGAUCUCGACUACACACCUGUAAAGUUUCAUGACUGUAUCCUGCACAGUUGUGAUACUACUGUGGUCACAAAGUCUGUCUCCAGACCAAGUAGACAAACCUGUAGGUUCCUAUACCGGUAGGAACCAGGAAGUCUUUUAUUGGUACUUGAUUCAUACAACAAAAUUAUACUGUAAAUCACAGGCCGAAAUAAUCUCUACAGCCUUUGUUGAUUAUUUUAAGAAAAGGUCCUGCUUGAUCAUUUGGUCACUUGAUCAUUUAAAAAGCUGAUUUACAAGUAAGGCAUGGUGUUAUUAUUGAAAUCAUGGAUACCAUUAAUACUGAGCAGAACCUUUUAAAUGAAGGCAACUAAUUAAAAGCAAUUUAAUGCAUUAUAAAUAAACGUGCACAGACAACAACUCUGAAUAAAUAAAUCAACCUCAAUUUUUUAAUAAAUUUUUAAACAUUUAUAUAAUAAUUUUAAAGAAAUAUUCAGUGGUGUUCAAGACGAUAUGUGGGUCAUGUCCGUGCCACCUGAAAGCUUUCCUUACAGCAAACCUCCCCCUGUGCCUCAGAAUCAGUGCUAUUGCACUUGAAGAUAACGACAAAAAGAAACUACCCUUUAAUCUGCCUUUGAAAUAAGCUAGUGCUGCAUGUCCCUGCAAAAUCAAGUUCACAAACAAAACAGGGCACUACGAAUAGCCCUUUAAACAGUUUUGGUGCUGUACAGUAGUGGUGUGCAGCAGAGCUGAGUGCACCGUCACUGGCAGCAUCACGCGCACACACACACACACACACACACACACACACACACACACACACACACACACACACACACACACACACUUAAUGUGAGACUGAGGAAGAUUGUCUAUGAAAACCACCAUGAUUAUCAGUAUUUGAGGCCAUUGUGUGGAAGCACGUCAAAUACUGGUCAUUACUGUUUGUAGUGGGUUCAGAUUGUGAUGUAAACGUUUGAAAACCAUCUGCUGCUGGUCAGUGUGACCCACUGGUUUCAUAGACAGUCUACAGUUGAAGGUUUGGACCCUGUUCUCAGGGUCAGACUGACUCACUGCUCACUUAUUGUGGAAGCUUAUAGACUAUUCUCAGGUUUACUGGUUUUUGCUCGCUGCUGUAACAGGACCGAGUUGGGCAGUGGAGAUGGAAGGCGUGUGUACAUGUUUGUUUAUUCCUGGAGCCGAGCACUUGUCUGCUUUUAUGUUAAGGUCACUGCAAAUCAAAGCAAAUAGAUCACAACUGGAAUUAGGCAGAUACAUCAGCAUAGAUGCAGGCUUUUAAUUUGAAACCUUUCAUCCAUCACUCAGUUGUCAUCCACCUUUGAUAUGAAGGAGUCAGUGCAACCUGAACUCAUGUAGGAUUUUGAUUCCACACGGGUAUGAAUGAACAUGGUUUCUUAAAGGUCCCAUAUAGUCUAAAGGUAGAUGUCCAUGUGUAGUUUGAUUAUAGAUCAGCUCUAGGUUCUAUAUUAAUACUGUGAAAGUAUCAAAGCGCUCAGUCCACAGAGAAAUGCGCACAGCCUGUAUUCAGAAACUGAGCCUUAAAAUGAGCCGCCAGGACUUCUGGAACUUUGUGAUGUCACAACAAAGCUGAUGCCGCUCUCAGCCACGCCCCAAGCCCCGCCCACCUGGAACCACCAUCCAAACUUUGCAGGAUUUGGUUUCUCUGAGUGUUUUUACCUGAAAUCUGCUCUAUUUUUAUUCAAUCACUCAGAAAACAUUCAGCCAAUCAGAAGAGAGGCUCAGAGCCUCCUCUCCUCUGAUUGGCUCACCAACCUGUUGUCACUAGAGCUCCAGAGAGAAGCCUGAGAGAGGAGAUGUAAAACUACACUGAGAUGGUUUUUGGUUCUUAAAAUAACAAAUAUAUCUUCUUAUGGAUCAACACUUCAAAUAAAACACAGAAGAAGAGGAAACUCUGGAGCUUUAAAAACAUCCCCUGGGUUUCAAAACACAAGUGUGUUUGUAACACUCAAUAACUCAUAAUUCUUUUUGAACUUAUUGUCCAUAAAAAACUUGAAUAUAAAGAGACAUACAGAUUUUACAAACUGGCUUCAACCCUUCUGUUGGUAUCAGAUGUGAAUAUUGUCCAAAAGCUCAUAUAUCACUCAGUUUUACUUCAUUUACUGCAGUUCUAUUGUUUGAGUCUCUGCUCGUCACCACAGGCUGAAUGACUAGCCCUUCCAUACGUCACAAUGAGACGUGAGAUGAUUGUGGUGUUUACCUUGGACUCAGAGAGCAGGAGGGGUUAUGAAUGCUUCAAGUGACCACGGGGUGUGAAGGUGCCGUGUACGUCUCGUUCAACAAUAUAUUGUGAGCUGUAAAAAGAAACAUGGUGAUGUGACUCUGAAGGCAUGAGUGUCUGUAGCCUUGGAGCUUUUCUCUCUCUCUCCAUGAGUCUUUCUUCUUCUACAUGUAUUUCUCUAUCUUCAGUAUACCUCUGAAUUAUUCUCUCUCUACAGUAGCUUCCUCUGUCACUGCCCUUUUCUGAAAGCCCAUGGAUCUUUUAUUUUUCUGCCACUUUAUUGAUGAUAGAACGAAACAAAUGCUCUGUGGAUUCAUAUGCUAGUGAAACUGUAAAACUUUACAUUUUCUGUUAUGCCCUGGAUCUUACAAAUAAAUCCUAUGAUAUGAAAACA